AUGAUUGCGACAAAGACGAACCAUGGUACUCAGUUACCAACGCCGGAUGCACCAGUUGCUGUAUCAACUUCGUCGCAAGAACUUGAUGACAUAUGGGCUAGUAAUACUGUUGUCCCAGGGUCUAUCAUGGGCUGCGUUCAUGACUUGAUCACUGAGGUGGUGCAAAAACAGCCAGAUGCCCUCGCUGUUUCCGCGUGGGAUGGAGAUUUUACCUAUGCUCAACUAUCCGCCUUGAGUGAUUAUGUUGCUCACCAUCUCUGUGAAAUGGGCAUCCCACCAAGAUCCCCAGUCACCAUUCUUUUCCCGAAGUCACGAUGGACAUGUGUCGCCAUGUUGGGUAUCAUCAAAGCCGGAUGUGCGGCUAUUGCCCUUGAUUCGAUUCAUCCAGACGCGAGACUGCGAUCCAUUAUUAAACAUGCGCAACCAAAAGCAAUGAUUUGUUGCGCAGCAACUCAAAAGAGAGUAUCUCUCUUGUGCGGUUCACCCAUCCUUCAGCUCGACGAUAGUCUGCUGGAGAUUGCUGGUACCAUAAAACAGCAGACGCUUGAUUUUCCGGUGGUAUCACCAAACGACAUAGUCUAUAUAUCCUUUACCUCUGGAACUACCGGCGAGCCCAAAGGAGCGUGUAUUAGCCACGCCAACGUGAGAAGUGCGGUACAUCACCAGGGCAAAGCUCUUGGCUUCCACCAAGAGUCGCGCGUCUUUGACUUUGCACCUUAUUCCUUUGAUGUGGCCUGGAGUAAUGUUCUUCAUACGUUGUGUGCAGGCGGCUGUCUGUGCGUCGCCAACGAGCAAGAUAUGGUGAAUAACCUCUCAGCUGCUAUCACGGCAUUUGCGGCUACCCUGAUCAAUAUCACUCCCACUGUUUUGCGAACAAUUAGUUCGGUCCCACCGACCCUUCAAACUAUACUUCUGAGUGGAGAGAUGCCGUAUCGAGAAAAUGUGACUCAAUGGGCUGGCCGUGUUCGUUUGCUCAAUACGUACGGUCCCACCGAGUGUACCUGGAAAUGUACGUUCUCGCAGCUCCAUUGCUACGCGGAAGGUCGCCCAGAUAUUGGGAGAGGCACAGGAUUCUGUCUCUGGAUUGUCAACCCCAACGAUAGCAGCCAGCUUGUUCCUCCUGGAACUCCGGGAGAACUGUACCUCGAGGGGCCCAUGGUUGGGCAAGGGUACCUGUCCAAUCAAGAAAAGACCGACGAGGCGUUCAUCGAUAACCCACCGUGGCUUUUGUCUGGGAGCCCUGGUAACCUGGGGCGGCAAGGCCGCCUAUACAGGACCGGGGACUUAGUCAAGACCCGCUCGGAUGGAAGUAUCCUGUUCCUAGGGCGUAAAAAUGUCUCGCAAUUGAAGAUCAGAGGUCAACGGAUUGAAAUCGGCGAUGUGGAGCACCAUGCGCGUGCUUGUCUGAACGACGCACUGACAAUAAUUGCGGAUAUCGUGACUCCCAAGGGAAGCGAUACUGCACUGCUUGCCCUCUUUGUGCAGAAUAAGAAUAAGGACCCCGAGACAGUCAAGGCCAUGAUAAAUAAUCUUGUGCGCGACCUAGAUGGUGUGUUGCCAGCAUUUAUGCUCCCCAGCAUCUAUCUCCCCAUCGAAGACAUACCGGUGGCUGCCACUGGCAAAAUUGACCGGCGAAAACUGCGAGAGCUGGGAGAUGGUUUGUCUUUGGAGGAACUUCUUCAAUUACAGUCAGCCAUCCUCCCGGUCCAAGAAUACCGUGACCCAUCGACUGCCAUGGAGGAGCAGCUUCGUGGGCUCUGGGCGCACAUAUUGAAGAUACCAUCGAUUAGAAUCAGCACCACAGAUAGUUUCCUCCGCUUAGGAGGGGAUUCAGUUGCAGCUAUGUUGUUGGUCGCGGCAGCACGGAAUGCCAAUUUAUCCAUCACGGUGGCAGAUGUGUUCAAGAGUCCAGUGCUGAGUGACCUUGCCCUCGUCAUCAGGGAGCAUUCUUUCUCCUCUGAAAGCGAAGAAAUUGCCCCAUUUUCCCUAAUGGACCGUCCUGCAGAUACCCAAAGAAUGCGCGAGGAGGCUGCUGAACUCUGCAAUAUCGAAUUGGCUCAAGUUGAAGAUAUAUAUCCGUGCACCGCACUCCAACAAGGCAUGCUCUCUAUCACAGCUCGGGGCGAAACCAAUAACGUUGCACGGACAUUGUUUGAGCUUCCUGGCCACAUAGAUCUAUCUCGGUUUGAAAAGGCAUGGCUGAAUACCGUUCAUCAAGCAUCGAUCCUGCGAACAAGAGUCAUCGACCUAACCAGCGAUGGUCUAGUUCAAGUUGUUGUCGGCUCCCCCAUCAUGUUGGGUCGGUACGAGAGUAUCACCAACUUCAUCGAAGAGUCAAUUCCGAUGGGACUGGGAGUCCCUUUGUGUCGGGCUGGGCUAGUUUCUGGGGAAUCCCCCAGUCUUAUUGUAGAAAUGCACCACUCGAUCUUCGAUGGAUGGUCCACCAAGCUGAUAUUGGAUGCCAUUGAAGCCGAGUACGAUGAGAAGACAAUCCCCUCGUCUAUUUUGCCCUUCCGGUCAUUUGUGAAAUACACAAAAGGGAUGAACAAAGAAGCAUCAUCGCUCUAUUGGAAGACCUACCUAGAUGGUGGGUCUGAAACGAAAACUUUCCCAUCUCCGGGCUAUCGGCCAGGGGGAAAGCUUGACUUCAACCAUAACAUCUCCGAAAUGUCGUGGAUACAUUCGGGGACCACACCGUCAUCGGUUGUUAGAGCAGCAUUGGCCCUGUUACUAGCCUCAUACACCAAUUCCAACGAUGUCAGGUAUGGAGCCACGAUCAGCGGGCGACAGGCCGCUGUGGCCGGGAUCGAACGGAUUGCAGGGCCAACAAUCGCGACUGUGCCAGUCCGCGCUAAAUUCGACUGGAAUCAAACAGUUGGGAGCUGGCUUGAACAGGUUCAAAGACAGGCAGUGGAGGCCACUGAGCAUGAACAGCUAGGGUUGCAGCAGAUUGCUAGAUUGGUUGAGGAUACAAACCUUUUUCAGCUACUCCUGGUGAUCCAGCCGGCUCAGCAGGCAAACAGACACGAGGUCGACAGGCUUUUCAGCCGGACGAGUAGUGUUGUUAGCAGCUCUGACCAACCGGGCAGUUUGAAAGUUGUUUGCAAGGAUGGAGAAGCCGACACCGUCGGCAUGUACAACCCAUACGCGAUGAUGAUUAUCUGUCAAUUGCAUGAGUCUGGAGUUGAAUUGAAAAUGAACUUUGAUUCCGGUGCCAUUCCAGCGAAACAAGUCCAGAGAAUGUCGGUACAAUUUGAACAUUUGCUACGGCAGCUAUGCUCGGAAGAGUGUACUCAGAUGAGCCUGCGCGAUGUCACCGUUGUCACCAAGGAUGACUUGGCUGAUAUUUGGACAUGGAACGCUGCGCGGCUGGAGUCCAAGUUUGAAUCAAUCACCGAUGGUCUGCAUCGGCAAAGUGAUGCGAAACCAGAAGCAGUUCUGAUAUCUGCGUGGGACCAGCAGUUAACUUCCCAACAAGUGCAGACCUGGUCUGUAACGCUGGCUGCGCGACUUCGCCAGGAAGGUGUGCUUCCUGGGUCAUUGGUUAUCCUAACCUUUGAGAAAAGUGCUUGGCAGGCAGUGAUGAUGCUUGCAGCCCUCGGAAUUGGUGCAAUAGUUCUGCCGAUGUCUAUACCGGUUUCUAAAACUCGAGCCUUGCAAGUAGUUGAGAGCUUGAAGCCCCAGAUUGUGGUUACCUCCACCUCAUCCGAUUCAUCUCCAUUCCAUGUGUUGGUCCCAGUCCUCAAUAUCGCCGACCUCAUUAGGCCGGAAAUGAAAGGCUCCGAUGUUGUUGUUAAACCUUUGCCACAUUGCCACCUGCCCAGUGAUCCUGCUCUUGUUCUAUUUACUUCAGGCUCUACUGGAACACCAAAGGCCAUUGCGUGGAGCCACAGCGCCUUAUCAGCUAAUAUAAAAGCCGCCAUCAUGGCAUUUGGACUGACCGACAGGAGCCGAGUUUUCCAGUUUGCCGGUUACGACUUUGAUGUGAGCACAGUAGAGACUUUGGCUACCUUGCUUGCUGGAGGUUGCUUGUGCAUCCCAUCGGAGACUGACCGAAGGAAUCGGCUGACCGACGCAAUCAACUGCUACGACGCCAAUUGGAUGUGUCUGACCCCAUCUGUGUCAGAGACCAUGAGCGCUGGUGAUUUGCCAUCCAUGAAAACGAUGGUAUUUGCAGGCGAGAAGCUCGAGCACAAGACUGCUUUUCGGUGGCUAGACGCCCAGAAAACCGUAUAUAACUGGUACGGGCCAGCGGAAGCCUCGGUGGCUACUUCGUGCCUUGUAGAUCCCGACAGUUGGCGUCCAGGCAUGAUUGGGCAAGGUCGCGCCGGGCUUGCGUGGCUUGUCGACCCAAAAGACCCCAACGUACUAGCUCCAGUGGGAGCAGUGGCCGAGUUGUGCAUGGAGGGCUCUAUGCUAGCUCAGUAUGCUGGAACCAAUGGCGCUGAGUUGAACAAAGAGAGUUUUAUUUCCCCAUCGUGGCUGCAAGAUGGCCACUGGAAGACCCCUGGUCGACCAGGUCCAGUAUAUCGUACUGGGGAUCUGGUUACCUACGACUCGGAUGGUCGUAUCAUCUACCUUGGGCGCCUCCAAGAUUCUCAGCGAAAGAUCCGAGGCCAGCGGAUUGACCUAGGAGAAAUAGAGCGGUGUAUCCAAGACUUCUUGAUCGGUUUGGUGGACAUAAUACUUGUCGCAGAGAUAUUUUCUCCGGCUUGCGGUGACAACGAUACUUUGGCCCUCUUCAUCAGUCCUGCUGAUGCCGUUCAUCGCGCAGAUCCCCAUGCAUAUCUUCAAAGUGAAUGGCCGGUCGAUGCUCUGGAGAAUCAUCUUGCCAGCAUUCUUCCACCGUAUAUGAUUCCCAGGAUGUACAUACCGCUUAGUGAACUUCCCAUCGGUUCGACGGGAAAGACAGACAGGAGACGAUUGCGAGAAAUUGGAAGUUCCCUCACGUUGGCCCAAUUGGCGGAAAUGCAACCAACUCGAAAGCAAGCCAGAAAGGUAAACACUGAGAACGAGAGAUUAUUACAGCAAAUGUGGGCUCAUGUGCUGGUGGUUGAGCCGGAUGUCAUCUACGCGACCGAUCACUUCCUUCGCUUGGGAGGAGACUCGAUCAGCGGCAUGCGCCUCGUUGGAAUGGCUUGUACCCAUGGCUUUUCUCUCACUGUUGCCGAUGUGUUCGAUUUCCCCGAGCUGGAGAGGAUGGUCGAGAAAUUGGUCCACGGUGAAAGUCAUGUGAUGCAUCACAUUCCAGCAUUUUCGCUUUUACCCCUGGGCGUGGACGAGUCACAUUGUCGAUCAUAUGUUGCCCAAAUUUGUUCAGUCUCGCAAGAUCAGGUUCUUGAUGUCUACCCAUGUACAGCACUUCAAGAGGGAUUGCUGGCGCUAGGCGCCCGAAGAAAUGGGCAAUAUGUAUCUCGUAGUGUAUUGCCACUUCAAAGCGAUAUUGACUCAGACCGACUCAAAAAUGCCUGGGAAAAGACAAUCGCCAAGCUGUCUAUUAUGCGAACCCGAAUCGUGGAUCUCCCUGGUAAAGGGCUUGUGCAGGCCGUCCUCAAUGACACACCUUGGAGAUCUGGUCAAAACAUCCAGCAGUACUUGCAUGCCGAUGAGACGGAGCCGAUGGCCUUAGGGACCCAGCUCUGCCGUGCGGCCAUCAUCGAUCGCACGUUCAUCUUCACCAUUCAUCACUGCUUGUACGACGGCAGCUCACUGCCCAUGGUUCUCGAAGAACUCCAGGCUCAGUAUUACGACCAGCCAGGAAGAACGGUCACUGGAGUGGAGCAUUUCAUUCGCCAUUUGAGUCAGAUAAAUACACAGGAAUCGGAUGAUUUCUGGAAGGCUCAGCUGUCUCGCGCUGAGUUCCGUUCAUUCCCUAUCCUACCAUCCGGCACGUAUGAGCCACAAGCCAGUGGGUUUGUGGAGCAUCCGAUUGCCCUCAACUGGCCUUCCAAGGGAGCGACACCAUCCACAAUCCUCCGCGCAGCGUGGGCGGUCCUCGCCUCACAGUAUGUGGCCUCCAGCGAUGUGAUCUUCGGGGUGACAGUGGGUGGACGACAGGCAAAUAUAAACGGCAUGCAAAACUGCGUAGCGCCAACUAUUGCAACGGUUCCAAUUGCUGUAUCAAUUGAUUGGGGGAAUACGGUCGAGACAUUCCUCCAAGGCCUCCAAAGACAGGGGUUGGACAUUAUGUCUUAUGAGCAAUACGGCUUGCCAAACAUCCAACGAGCCAACGGGGAUCGCAAUGGUGGGUUGUUCCAGACUUUGCUGGUGGUCCAGCCAAUAACCAAAGGGAACAGCCUGCAUGAAGAUAGUCGGCUGUUCAAGGCACGGAGCUUUGCCUCCAAUUUGAGCACAAUGGGGACAGACCCGUUCAAUGUGUAUGGCUUAAUGAUCAUCUGUCAGCUUACCACCUCGGGACUUAACAUUCAAAUGAGCUUUGACCCAAAGAUCAUCGACAAGCGGCAGGUUAAAAAGAUGGUCUGUCAGCUGGAGACAGUCAUUCGCCAGUUGUGUACAAAGUCCCCCGAUAGGACGACACUGAACACCCUCCAGACAGUCAGUGAGCUCGACCUGGAGCGCUUCUGGGCCCAGAACGCAGACCUACCCCCGGACCCAACCACGUUUGUACAUGACAGGAUUAGUCUAUGUGCCAAAACGAACCCCGAGGCUAUCGCCAUUGAUGCAUGGGAUGGCCAGUUCACAUAUGGCGAGCUGGACCAAAUCUCUACCGUUGUCGCGCGCAAGUUAGUGCUGCAUCUGGGAGUCAAGAAAGGGUCCGUUGUGCCCUUGUGCUUUGUAAAGUCUCGAUAUAUGCCACUGGCUCAGGUUGCCGUCUGGAAAGCCGGUGGAGUGACUCUGCUACAAUCAGCAGACAUGCCAGAGCAGAGAAUGAAUCGUACUUUCCAGCAUCUUGGUGUAGAAGUUGCCCUAGCUUCACCCGGGCGCUUGGCGACGGUCUCAAAAUAUGCUCGCUGUAUUACCAUGGAGCAAAUUUUGGAGACCCCAUUGGAAGAAAUCAUCACGCCACUACCUGUCCUGGAGAUGGAUAGCCCAGCCUCGAUUCUAGUAUCCUCGGGGAGCACUGGUGAACCGAAACAUGUUCUCUGGAGUCACCGAGCUCUGGCUGCAAACGCAGAGGAACCGACUCUGCGUUUGUUGGUAACCCCCUCUUCACGCAUGUUUCAAUUCUCAUCGUACGAUUUUGAUGUCUCGACGCUGGAAACAAUUAUUGGGCUGACUCACACGGCCUGUCUCUGUAUCCCAUCUGAAGCUCAACGCCUCGAUGGUAUCGCGGCUGCAAUUAAUCAUUUUGGGGCGAACUGGGCGUUUAUCACCCCAUCCACCGCGCGAUUGCUGCGUCCGCAAGACGUACCGGGGCUUUCCACUAUUGUAAUGGGGGGUGAAAACGUUUUGCAGGGCGACGUUGAAAGGUGGAAAGGAAGCUGCGCUGUCCGCAAUUGGUACGGGCCCGCCGAAUUCCCUGCAGUUACCGUUUACCCGGCCGAUGAGCCCAAUUGGUCCAGCGGUGUGAUUGCACACAUUGACUUGUGCCGCUGCUGGCUAGUAGAUCCUCAAAACCACCACAGACUUGUUCCAUUUGGUGCAAUCGGCGAGAUCGUGGUGCAGGGCCCUGCACGUGCCAGUGGCUAUGUCGGAAAUGCGUCUCUCACAGACAAGCACUUCUACCAAAACCCCACAUUCCUCUCUCGUGGGUUUGGGGCUACUCGUCCAGGAAGGCAGGGUUGUGUCUAUAGAACAGGGGAUCUGGCCCGAUAUGACUCCGACGGCUAUUUGGUGUUCUUGGGGCGGAAGGAUUCCCAACUCAAAGUACUUGGUCAAUUAGUGGUGCCAAAAGAGGUCGAGACCCAAAUUCAACAAUGUCUUGAUCGACCAGGCGAACACACGGAGGUCAUCGUCGAUGCCAUCUCGCUCCCAGGUGGAGGCGGAAUGAUACUCGUGGGGUUCAUCGUCACCCAAGAGGAUAUCGACCAAUUAACCAGAGGACUCAACCAAAAGCUUCAGGCGGUUCUGCCUCGAUAUGCAGUCCCCUCGUGGUAUAUUGCACUUCCAAGUGUUCCUUUGACUACAAACGGGAAGCGAGAUCGAAGGCGGCUGCUUGAGAUUGCUGCGUCGUCAACUCCAUCCAGCCAAGGAUCCACGGGACGGCUACCAGCCACAACCGCCGAGAUCACUUUAGUGAGGCUGUGGUCUCUUACUCUAGGAAUCGAAUCGGAGACAAUCUCGGCCACCGACAGUUUCCUGCAGGUUGGUAACUCCAUUGAUGCCAUGCGAUUGGUAGGUACCGCUCGCCAACACGGCCUGCUGCUCACCGUCGCCGGGGUGAUGGAAUUUCCCAUCUUGGAAGAGAUGGCUAGCCUCCUGCAAAACUUGGAGGAUGCACCAGAUGACAGCAUUGAGCCUUUUACGCUAUUGGAUCAUGGCCGAGACCUGAAGCUAGCCCGCCACCAGGCAGCAUCCGCCUGUGCUGUGAAUGAGGAUGACAUUGAAGAUUUAUUCCCUUGCACCUCUCUCCAAACAGGUUUGCUAGCUUUAACCAUCAAGUCCCACGGGGAUUACACCGGUCGCAAUGUGCAGGAGCUAGACCCUUCGAUAGAUGUCCGCCGCUUCGAACAUGCCUGGGAAGAGCUGGUGCGCACAGUGCCUAUCCUCCGCACACGUAUAGUCAAUCUUCCUGGGCAGGGAUUUGUUCAAGCCGUGAUCCGAGAAAAAGCAGAUUGGAGCAAGGCCGGGAGCCUGGAUGAAUACCUGGAACAGGACCGUCAAUAUCCCAUGGGGUUGGGUACCCCUCUCAUGCGUUGUGGGUUGUUUUCAUUCAAGUCAACUGAUGAAGCAUCUGGUGCUUCCGGCCCAGUGCGCCGGUCCUUUGCAUUGACUAUGCAUCAUUCGAUAUAUGAUGGGCCGGCUUCAGCCAUGAUAAUGGGCACGCUAAAGAGUCUUUACUAUGGAGAAACGCCUCUUCGACUAUGUCCCUUCCAGUCAUUCGUCAAAUACAUCUCCAGUCAGAAUAAGGAAGCCGACGCCAAGUUUUGGAAGACACAAUUUGAAAGAUGUGAAGCUUCGCAAUUCCCACUGCUUCCCUCGGCUAGCUACCAGCCAAGAACGAAUUCCACCCGAACUGUUGUAAUCGACGAUGUUAAAUGGCGAACAGAUGGGUUCACUCCUUCGACCAUAAUCCGUGGAGCAUUCAGCCUCGUAUACGGCCAAUAUGCGAUCUCGUCCGACGUGGUGUUCGGCACAGUGGUCAUGGGUCGUAAAGCCCCCAUUCAGGGCACAGAGAGAAUCGCAGGCCCAACCAUUGCCACAGUUCCUGUUCGUGUGCAGAUUGAAAGCGAUGCCACUGUCUCACAAUUUCUCCAAUCGAUCCAGGAUCAAGAGCGAGACAUGGUCCCUCAUGAGCAAACAGGAUUGUCGAACAUCCGGCAAGUCAGCACGUCGGCAGAAGAGGCAUGUCGCUUCCAGACCUUGCUCGUGAUCCAACCACCUGAGCAAACUAUGGACGAUACUGGCUUGUUUGUCUGUCGGUCGGCUGAACAUAAUGAGGCUGGUCGAUACCAUAGCUUUAGCUCUUAUGCGUUAUCGGUAGUGUGCAACCUAGAGCCAGGUCGGCUGAAGGUCGAGUUGUGCUAUGACUCUGCCAUUGUUCAGUCUGAGACUAUUCAAACCAUGGCGGCGCACCUGGAUCAGGCCCUUCGGACCAUGUGCACACAGAAAUUGCCCCAUAGUACGCUGGGAGAUGUAAACAUGAUGACCCAGUCUCAUCUGAAUGACAUCUGGACCUGGAACGCAAAUUUGCCUGCCGCUAUAGAUCGGUGCAUGCAUGAUCUAAUCAAGCAAGUUGUACAACGCCAGCCUGACUCAGUGGCCAUAUCUGCGUGGGAUGGUAGUUUAACAUAUGCUGAGUUAGAUCGGCUGUCAACCAGGCUCGCAGGUUACCUAGUGAGCAUUGGAGUGAAAAGGAACAUGAUUGUGCCGCUUUGCUUUGAGAAAAGCAUGUAUGCUAUGCUCGCAGUGCUUGCCGUUAUGAAAGCCGGUGGUGCCACCCUCCUCUUAGAUCCAUCACUGCCAGACGCUCGUCUUGAUGGUAUAUUGCGGCAGGUGAAUCCCACUGUGCUAUUGUCAUCAAUCUCUCAGGAACAUCGGUGUUCACGAUGGGUGACUCACCCAGUGCCCUUGGGGAAGGGAUCAACCUUCUUUGAGGCCGAUGUGAUAAAUAUGACACCCGAAAGUCACGACCUGCCGUCUGUAUCUUCAGAUGAUCUUUUAUACACCGUCUUUACAAGUGGCAGCACCGGAACUCCCAAAGGAUGUCUCAUGCAUCACCAACAAUUCACCAGUGCAGUGGUCCACCAGCAAUCCACGCUUGAAAUGAAUUCAACGACGCGUCUAUAUGAUUUCUCUUCCUACUCAUUUGAUGCAGUCUACUGGUGCCUCUUUCACGUAUGGAAUGCCGGGGGCACGUUAUGUAUCCCCAGCGAGGAAGAACGAAAAAGCGAUCUGACCGAGAGCGUGCACCGGUUUGAGACCACGCACAUCUUCCUAACCCCUUCCACUGCGCGGUGGAUAGAUCCGCAGCGUACUCCUACCCUACGCUAUCUCUUUCUCGGGGGUGAGGCGGUCUUGCCAGAGGAUCUCGCUAGAUGGGCCCCACCUGUCAACGCAUUCGAGGUGUAUGGGCCUUCGGAAUGCUCUGCUAUUACCCUCUAUCAUCGAGUUCCCAAGACGCCAGCCACUGUCGUACACUCUAUCGGGAAAGGUAUCGGCGUUCUGACCUGGGUGGUGGACCCUGAGAACCAUGACCGACUGGCACCUCUUGGGACCGUAGGUGAGCUGUGUCUCGAGGGACCUCUAGUGGGACAAGGGUACUUCCAGAAUGAAGAGAAAACAGCAGCAGCCUUCAUUGAGAAUCCUUACUGGCUAGGUCAGGGCUCUCCUGACGGAAAAGUCCCGGGGCGGCGUGGUCGGAUGUAUAAGACUGGUGACCUUGUCAAAUAUCAUCCACUCACUGGAAAUCUCGCGUUCGUGGGUCGAAAGGACACCCAGGUUAAAUUGCGAGGCCAACGCAUUGAGCUUGCAGAUGUUGAGCAUCAUGUCAUGCAGUGCCUAAUGGAUCGAUCUUCGUCAGGAGCUGCGCCAACGGCAGUGGCAGAGGUUAUAGAGCCAACCGUCACAGGCCGGCCAAUGCUUGCCGUAUUUAUUGACUGCGACCAAGCACAGUUGGCCGACUUGUUGCCCUAUCUCGAAGCUGAGUUGCCGAGCCGGGUUCCGUCCUACAUGGUCCCUGCAACUUAUAUCGCAACCCCAUCUAUGCCUAUGGCGGCGAAAGUAUUGACGCGCAGCGAUGCUCCUGCAACUAUGUUGCCCCCAAGCACAGCCUCCGAAUGCCACCUACAAACCUUAUGGGUUGAAGUCCUUGGUGUACCCGCCGAGAGGAUUGGAGCCGAGAGUAGCUUCGUUCGUCUGGGUGGCGACUCCAUUUCGGCGAUGCGGUUGGCCUCUUUGGCUCGUAUGCAAGGGCUGUCCUUGUCAGUUCAUAAUAUUCUCACCACGCGUCGAUUGUCUGAAAUGGCACAGGCAAUGUCUGCCUUGUCUCCGAAAGACACCAAGGAGAUGGAAGUGGUCAAUCCCUUCUCUCUUCUGGAGCACCCCUCGGAGCAAAAGAUCAUCUUGGAUGACUUCGCGAGCCAAUGCCAGAUCCAUAACAGCCAAAUUGAAGACAUCUUCCCUUGUACGGGUGUCCAAAAAUCACUGCUCUCCAUGACCGCCAAACGCGCCAACUCAUAUGUCGCUCGACUCUUGCUCAAAUUGAGGAAGAAUGUCGACGAGUCGCGGCUCGUGAAUGCGUGGGAAAUGGUGAGUAGAGCCUCUGCUCCAAUCCUUCGUUCACGAAUUGUGGACUGUCCAACAGAUGGUCUCGUGCAAGGUAUUGUUGAUGAACCGCUGCACUGGGACGUCCCUCAACCGCUGCAGCAAUAUCUCCAAAAAUAUGAAAACAGGCCCAUGGGUCUAGCCACCCCGUUGACUCGGCUUGUCAUUGUUGAAGAUGAACGCAACCAGGAGCAUUACUGUCUGCUCACUCAGCAUCAUGCGAUAUAUGAUGGCUAUUCAUUGAACCUUCUCGUGGACGAGGUGUCUAAAGCUUAUGAUGGCGUCCUUGAUGAUAAUGCCCCAGUGGCAUCAUUCCAAGCUUUUAUCAGGCAUGUCAUGGCGGUUGAUGCUGAGAAGGCAAAGGACUUUUGGAGUCGUGAAUUCGCAGAUUUCGAGGCAAUCCCCUUCCCAGCAUUGCCUCACGCAGAUCAUCAACCCAAAGCAGAUAGCACAGUACGACGUAAUCUGGAGGCAUUCCAGUGGCCACAGCGAGAUGUCACUCCGUCAACUAUCAUUCGUGCAUCAUGGGCCAUCCUCACUGCGCGGUACAUGGACUCGGACGAUGUGGUUUUCGGCGCCAUGGUCACGGGACGACAAGCUCCUCUCCAAGGUUUGGACCGCGUGGUCGCGCCUCUUAUAAAUGCUGUGCCUGUCCGAGUCAAACUUGACUUCCAAGAAUCGAUCGAUAGUCUGCUCUCUAACAUCCAAAAGCAGUCCAUUGACAUGAUUGCCUACGAACAGUCUGAGUUGCUCACAAUUCGGCGCAUUGAUGCAAACACUGAUCGAGGAAGCCGAUUCAAUACUCUUCUCGUUGUUCAGCCUGCUAGUCAAGGCCAGACUGAUGAUCAUCACGAUGGCCCCUACGAGCAUCCCAGAGAACUAGUCUCUGCAAUUCAGGAUCUAGAUGACUCCAAUCCAAAUGCUAUCAUGAUCAUGUGUCAACUUACCAACACGAAUGGUCUGCAACUUGAGUUCAGCUUUGAUUCUAGGGUGGUAGAUGCAACGCAGAUGGAACGAAUUGCCUCUCAAUUCGAGCACGUCUUACGCCAAGUAUGUAUAGGCACAACUCAGCCUGUCGAUCAGAUUCAGACUCUCAGUGGCGCCGACCUAGCAGAGCUAUGGAAAUGGAACUUGUCUGUGCCUCCGGCAAUUCCUGAGUGUGUGCACGGCUUAAUCAGUGCAACUGCUCAGAAUUAUGGAGAUCGGCCAGCCAUAUGUGCCUGGAACGGCAAUCUAACGUAUUUCGAGUUGGACCAACUUUCCGAUCGGUUGGCCUCUCACUUGAUGGUUUCUGGCGUUGGUCCCGGUACCAUCAUUCCACUUUGCUUUGAGAAGUCUAUGUGGCAUCCAGUGGCUGCCCUUGGAGUGAUGAAGUCAGGUGCUGCGUGUCUCUCGAUGGACUCGACUCAACCGGAAUCCCGACUGCAGUCCAUCGUCAGACAAGUCAAUCCUCGGGUCGUCCUAGCAUCGGCGAAAACCGCCGGAUUGGCACGUCACUUAUCUAAUACUAAAGUUAUUAUUAUUGAUCAAGAUUGCCUCGACUUGGUGGCCGAAGAUAUUCUCACUCGGCCUUUGCCUACAGUUCACCCAUCCAAUGUUCUAUAUGUGGUAUUCACCAGCGGCUCCACGGGAACACCUAAAGGCGUCGUGACUACACAUCAGAAUUUCGCAUCUGCUGCAGUGCAUCAAGCAGAGAUGCUGCGUAUUCAGCCAGGCACACGUGUAUUUGACUUUGUUUCGUACAGCUUUGAUGUGUCAUGGUCCAAUACUCUUCAGACAUUGAUCCGUGGAGGCUGUCUUUGUAUUCCCGACGAGUUGGAGCGUCGAAAUGACAUUGCGGGGGCGUUCAAUCGCAUGAAUUGCAACUAUUCCUACUUCACCCCCUCCGUGGUGCGAUCUUUGGAGCCAUCUAACAUGCCUAGGCUCAAAACUUUGGCCAUGGGGGGCGAACCCAUCCCUACCACUGAGGUUGCUCGGUGGAAGCAGGCUGAGGCCGUCAUUGGGAUCUACGGCCCCGCUGAAUGUGCACAGGCUCUCACGUUUACGCCUCUCCGGUCCAACGGGCGAAACAAUCAUGUAGGGUACUCAUAUGGGGCCCGGACAUGGCUGGUGCAACCGGGCCGUCCCGAUCGUCUGGCCGCAAUUGGUGCCGUGGGAGAGCUUUUAAUUGAGGGUCCCACGGUCAGUCGAGGGUAUUUUAAUGACUCGGACAAGACUGCUGCUUCGUACAUUCAGAAUCCUUCCUGGCUGUUGCAAGGCUCAUCAAGCCUUCCAGGCCGUCAGGCCACCUUAUAUAAGACGGGCGACCUACUUCGAUACAAUUCAGAUGGGUCGCUAGAUUUCCUCGGUCGUAAGGAUGGUAUGGUCAAACUUCGAGGUCAGCGAGUUGAGCUGGCUGAAGUAGAAUACCAUAUCCGUGCUAACCUCCGCCAUCCUGAUUUAUGUGAUGGCCUUGCGGCAGAGAUUAUUACCCCCAACAAUAGCAGUCCCAUUCUCGCCGUCUUUUUUGCCCUAUCUCCCCCUGAGGAGGAGUGGUCCGAGGAAGCCACUUUAUCGAAGCUGGCGCGCUUGAUCGACGGUUUGGAGGAUAGGCUUUCCAAUUCUUUACCGCAAUACAUGGUUCCUGGUGCCUACAUCCCCAUUGAAAAGAUUCCAAUGACUACCACCGACAAAACAGAUAGAAGAACUCUACGGCAGUUGGGAGCCGUUCAGACUUUGGAGAAGCUAGCAAAACUGCAGUCUCACGGGAAAUCCCAUCGCGCGCCCACCACUGUUAUGGAACAGAGAUUGCAAGUACUAUGGUCGGUGGUUCUUGGAAUGGAUCCGCACAUUAUCAAUGCCGACAGCAACUUCCUCAGAAUUGGUGGAGAGUCCAUCGCAGCCAUGCGACUGGUGGCAGCAGCACGAAAUGAGAAGCUCACGCUCACAGUCGCGGAUAUUUUCAACGCGCCACGUCUCUCUCAACUCGCCCUUUUAGUUCAGGAAGCCACUGAGGAGGAGUCUCUGCCAAUGCUGCGACCGUUCGCUUUGCUCGAGACGAGUGAACCAAAGCCCUUCCUCGCUGACUUUGUCGAUCCGCUCCUCGACCCAGGAGCUGGGAAUGUUCUUGAUGUACUUCCUUGCACUGACUUCCAAGCCUGUGCAAUUUUGGAUGCGUUCCAGGACCCACCCAGCCGAUUGCCUCAUUGGAUCUUCGAUCUCCCAGCAGAUGUCGACUUCUCGCGGUUACAGUGGUCGUGCCGCAAGUUAGUAGACCAUCACGACGUCCUUCGUACGGUGUUCAUCCAAACGCACGGUCGAUACUGGCAAGUCUUGCUCGAACAUUUGAAUCCUGCGUAUGACAACUUCCAGGCAAAUCAAGACGAUGAUAUUACAACCUUCGUCGAUUCCAUUUGUGAGCUAGAUCGAAAACGGGUUCGAGCCUUUGGCUCUUCCUUCAUCCGAUUCAUGGCAGUACGGAGUCCCUCUGGGCAACACCGACUCAUUUUCCGGAUCUCCCACGCCCAAUUUGACGGAUUUAGCUGGGAUACGGUUCUCCGCAGUCUCUCUUCACUCUACUGUGGCGACACUCUGCCUGACGAACCCAAGUUUGCUCAGUAUAUCACCUAUAGAGAGGACAGGAAGACAGACGCCUUUGCGUACUGGACCUCGCGCCUUGAGCACACUCCAAAUCCCAAGUGGAGUAGUGUAGAUUAUUCCAACCGUGUGUACACUACCAAAGACCGGCUGACGGUGAAAGCGACGAUUCCAAUACCCGAAGGGCGCUUGGUUGAGGGGAUGUCACCCGCAACUUUAUUCCAUGCCGCAUGUGCCAUGGUAUUGUCCCGCCAGUAUCAGCAAGCUCACGUUGUUUUUGGACGUCUGGUCACUGGCCGGACAAUGCUACCGAGCAGUCUGCAAAAUGUGGUCGGGCCAUCUAUGACCGAGAUUCCUAUCAGCGUGCACAUUGAUGACCAUGCUACUCUUUCAGGGAUUGCAUUGCAAUUACAGCGUCAGCUCAUUAAGGAUUCUCGAUACGAAACCGCCGGGAUGGAAGAAAUUAUCCGGAACUGCACUAAUUGGCCAGAUGAUACAAAGGACUUCGGCUGGCGGACCUCUUUCCAGCAAGAAGAUGAUCGUAACUUCACUUUCCUUGGGACGGAAAGUCGGAUAUCAUUCUACGAGGCGGAUCUGCUGCCUCGAAAUCGACCGGAAAUAUAUGCUACCCCACGAGAUGGGAAGCUGGAUCUUGAAUUUGAGGGUAAUCGUCAGUUGAUCAGUGAGGAUGAUGUUCAACGCUUCAUUCGAAGUCUGGAAACAGUGUUGACUGGUGUUUGA